UUUGAGAUACUGGAAAUUAUUAGUGAAAUUAAAGAAUAAUACCAGUUUCUUGGAUUUAUUUGGGAAAAAAAUCCACACUCCUUAGGCAAUGCAAUUUAUCCUUCCAUUUUCUCCUUUUAUGCAGGCCAAAAGACUUUUCCAUUGAUGCUCUAGCUUGCAUUUCUGAAAACAGCUUUGCUGUGCAUGGAAAUAGUGUGUGAGGGGAAAAUAAAAAGUCCAGAGUUAGGAACAAACAACCUAGUCUGUGCUGCUGUCAGACAACAGGACAGCACUUUGUAAAAAGAGAUUGACCUGGAGACAUGAUGAAGGCCACAGAAUUAUGAAGCCAGGGGAAAUCAUGGAUAAGGGUCAAUAUCUACUUGUUAUUCUGUAAAACAACCAGGAGGCAGCAAAUGGAAUCAGUUUCGCACUACUAGGGAUAAGUCUCAAAGACACUUAAUCUUUUCUUACAUAUUCCUAGACACCUGAUUUCCAUGGUUGAAGAGGACAAUCUCUAGGUAGACCUCAGGUCUGACAAGCAAGGCUGUAAUUAGGGGUUUAUCUGUUUAUGUGUUAGCUAAUGCAGCUGUAAAGUGACAGGAAAACCACAUGCUUAAUUCCAUAGCUUCUAUAAUAGCUACUGUUCAGAUCCUAUGCUCUAAGGCUAUUUAUAAACUACAGGGAGUGAUAGAUAUGGUAAUAGUAAUUGAAAUUCAGUCUGGCGUAUGUAAAUCUCUGAGACCUUCAUGAUCAGGCAGAGAAAAAUAACCUACAUUUGUAUCCAGCCCCAUGCUUUGUUCCUUUGUUCCUUUGACUUUCCCAUUAUCUGGCAAAGGAACAGUAAUUGGAGUCCUUAAUAUUUAACCCAAAUAAGGCCAACCUGUAUUAUAGUAUUUGUCUCUACUGUUAAAAGAAAUGGUUGAACACCUCUGACUUUGUCUGAAUAAUCCUUCUUCAUGAUUCCAUCUUCAGUUUUAUUUAUUUUCAUCAUAACCAGAAGAAAUCAUUCUUUACAGGGUUAAAUUUAAAUUUGCAAAAGUGCCUCAUUUUAUUUCAGAAACAGAAUCCUACAGUAGCUUUUAGAAUUUUCCUUUGCCCAAAUUCAAAGCAGCAAAUAACUAAUAGGUUUUUGCUUCAGAAGAAGCAAUCAUCCUCAAAAAACAAAAUACACCUUAGGUUAGGCAAAGCAACUCAUCAUAUCGUAUUUACAUAUUCUGUGUGUUCUCAAUGGUACUACAGAGUCUGAGUGGUACUAUUGCUUACUUCAGUGAAGCUAGAUUUGAAUUCAUUAAAAGAAUACUGUAAGUAAUUCUGCUAAAGUUAUUUCAGCAUAUAAAAAGGUUUGGUUGUUUUUAAUAUACAUAAAUAUAAGGACAAGGAGAGCUAGUAUCUAUAAUUUCUAGAAUUACUGGCUACUACUUCUAUCAUGUCUUAAAAUGGAAAAAAUUAAAAUUGAAGUCCAAAGACACAGAGAUGGAAAAUCACAGAGCAAAUGCCUUCAAUCUGUGGUGAAAAGUCACAAGGAGGACAUAAGUAAGACUAAAAUUAUCCAAAGGAAUUACAAACUCUCUACAGCUCAGUGCAGGACAACUCUACAUGUCUUUACUUAAUAAAGUGCUUUCUAUUAAUGAGAAGCAAUUUUGUGGUCAUGAAGGGAAAGGGGCUUACCCACUCACCUGUGAUUCAGUGCACAGGAGCAUCUCGCAGGUUUGGAGUUUCCGUGGGUAUGACCCACCCGUGAUGCUGGAGUGCCCCGGGUGGCCUGGACAGGAUAUAAGCACAGCUGGUCUCAGAGCACAGGCACUUGCCACCCCGGGAUCUGCCAGAGCUCACUCCACCACAGAACCAGGCCCAGGCCACACGAGAAAGACACGCUCUUGCAUCAUGAUUGGCAAGACUGUGGCUGUUGUCCUGAUCCUGCUCCUGAUCUCAGCACUUGGAACGCAAGGUGAGGCAGUGCCACGUUCAGCCAUUGAACUCCGGUGCCAGUGCAUAAACACCCAUUCCAGGUUCAUCCAUCCCAAGUUCAUCCAAAACGUGAACCUCACCCCCAGUGGACCUCACUGCAAGAAUGUUGAAGUCAUAGCUACCCUGAGAGAUGGCAGAGAAGUGUGCCUGGAGCCCACUGCUUCCUGGGUGAAUCUGAUAAUCAAGGCAAUUCUGCACAAGGCCAACACCAAACCUUCAACAGUGUCCUAAAACAAAGAAGAAAAAUGUCCUAACCCCUCCAGUGAGGCAAAAAUAGGAAAGACAUUCACCCAGCUUCUGACAGAUCACCUCCUCCUGCCUGCUACAUUCACAAUGUCACAGCAUAUAGAAUAUGUAUUCUCUGGUUUGUAGUCAGUUUAGUCUUGUAAACAGGUCGCAUUAUGUAGGAAAGAAACCACUGCCAUGUCAACAAGAAGGCAGAAAAAAUUGGCAUGUGAAGGAAUGUGGAGAUGAUUCUGGACUAAUUUUUGCUAAACACAACUGCAAUAGUGCAGUGCAUGCCCAGUGAAGUUUUCAUUAAAUGACUCCAUCCCUUUUUGCUAAUAGUUUAGGAAAAGACCAGCCACUCAAAGUGGGCUACUGGCUGAAGAGUGGAGUUUCCAGAAUUAACAUGUCAAAAUUCUGAUACAUCACGUUUUGUGUCAAAAUUUGCAAGAUGUUAUUUAUUGUGAAUGAGUGUUAUAA